AUGGCUCGGCUGGCGCCACUGGAAGAUAAGCGCGCCUGGCCUGCCUUAGGGCCCCAGCCAGAUCAAGGUGGUGAAGACCACGAGCGGCAUCGAUGGCAUCGGGCCGGGCCAGCCAGGAUGGGCAUCCAAGGGCUCCUCAAGGCUCUGGAGGAUGUGCAGCGCGAGUGCCACGUCAAGGAGUUUGCUGGAAAAAGGGCCGCCGUUGAUGCUCAUGGUUGGUUGCAUGCUGCCCUGGCAGGAAGCGCUGUGGAUGUUGAGCUCGAGGUUGAUGACCAGAUUCAUGUCCGAUACUGUGCGAAGAGGAUCUCGAUGCUGCGAAGAUUUGGUGUCGAGCCGGUCUUUGUGUUUGAUGGUGCAGCGCUCCCUGCAAAGGCGGCAUUGCUACAGGAGCGGCGUCAGCGAAGGGAGCGCAUGCGAAGGGAAGGCGAGCUGCGCCUGAGUGAGGGAGAUUUCGCGCAGGCAAAGUCAUGCCUUGCCCAGGCGGUGGAAAUCAAAGACCACCAAAUCGAUGAUGUUGUUCGCUUGCUUGCUGCGGAAGAGGUCAGGUAUAUCCAUGCACCGUGUGAAGCCGAUGCUCAAAUGGCGUAUUUGGCUUGGCAUGGUUACGUUGACUUCUGCAUCUCUGAAGACAGCGAUCUCCUCGCGCUUGGCUCGCCCCGAGUGCUCUACAAGCUCCGUGGCGAUGGACAUGGCAGAGAGAUUAUCUUGGAUGAUGCGCUGAAUGGUCGAAGCUUGGAGGACUUCCAGGCGAUUUGCAUCUUGAUGGGUUGCGACUACUUGCCUCGUCUUCGCGGGGUUGGGCCCGCACUGGCCGUCCAAGUCGUGGCGGCGCGCGGCCGCGAGGCGGAGGCCGUUGCCAGGGAGCUGCGGGUUCUUGGAAUCACUGUGCCAUCGGAGUACGCCGAGCACUUCCGGCUGGCGAGCAAGGUCCUUCAGCUGCAGCCCGUGUACGAGCCUCGUAGCGGCCGGCAGAUUCCACUUUGGAGCUCGCAGGAACCACACGCAGUGCCUGUGCAGCUCGCGAGCCAUACUGGGACCUCUGCUCCGCAGGAAACUGAUGCUCUGGUCCCGAUGGAGGCGCCUCGAGGUCGCGCGCGUCGGAAGGGAUCCCUCGGCCGGAGCCGCAGCCGGACCCCUGGACGAGAAGGUGGCAGAGGCAGCGCAUUUGUCAGCGACUCUUUCGAACAAGCGAGGUCUACUCAGCAGGGUGCGAUGACCCUGGAAGAAUUCAUUCGUCGAGAGCGAGCAGAGCGCACGGGAAGCUCACGAGGUGGUGAGCAUGGAGACGGAGACCUUGCAAGCCCAGCCUUGAGUGUUGCAGGAAAGUCGCGCUUCUUUGGACGGCAGCACUCCAAACUGGGCAGCCUGUGGUCGGACUGA